AUGGCUAUGCGCAACGUCAGUGUGAAGACUAGCCAAAUCAUGGACUAUAUGGUAAAUCAAUCGGGGUGUUAUGAGAAUGUUGGUUUCAUCCGUACAGAUCUGCACAACCACAUUCAAGCCGAACGUAGAGCAGAAGUUGAGGAUGGUGAUGCGCAGGGUGUUUUGGCAGAUUCGAAAUCGCGGGCUGACUACGCAAAGUUUGGUGAUGUGUUGAUAUUUGACUCAACUUACCGUACCAAUGCGUAUAAGAAACCUUUUGUCAUGUUGGCUGGUGUGACUAACCACUUCACGACCAUGAUAUUUGCAUAUGUUUUGCUAGCUAAUGAGACAAUUGAUACAUACACAUGGGUUUUGGAAACAUUUAUGGAGGCGAUGGAUAAUAGAGCAACUGUGUCUGUACUGACAGAUAGGGAUAAAAAGAUGCGAGAGGCAAUCAGAAGAGUAUUUCCAGAUGCAAGACAUAGAUUAUGUAAUUGGCAUCUUGGGAAAAAUGCUGUGUCAAAUGUUCACAAAAGUGGCUUUGCAUAUGCUUUCAAGCAGUGCAUGGAGAUGGAAACGGAUGAGGCAAAGUUUGAGGAUGAUUGGAUGAGAAUGGUCGAAAAAUUUGGACUUGAAAACAACAGCUGGGUGUUGGAGACAUAUGAGAAGUGUCAUAUGUGGGCUGAGGCAUAUAUGCGUGGCCAUUUCUUUGUUGGGAUAAAGAACAUUCAGCGCUCGGAGAGUAUGAAUGCUUAUUUCAACCCCUUCGUCCAACAUAAAUUGAAGCUAUAUGAAUUUGUUAGGCACUAUGAUCGGGCUAUUGCAAGGAUAAGGUAUAACGAGACUGGAGAUGAUGUCGAAACAAAUAACACUUUUCUGAUAUUGAUUACUCCAUUGCGUGAUAUAGAGAGACAUAGAGCUGAGCUAUUCACCUAG